AUGUUGAGCAACAAAAGUGCCAGAUCAUUGGCGGUUAUUAGCCGGGCUAGUCUCAUGAGCCGAGCGAGUGGUCGAGCCAUUGGCAACACUAAUCAAAUGAUGAGAAUGGCAGGUAGUACUGGAUUUCACAGUUCUCGUGCUAGCAGAGCCGACCCACCUAGCGACAAAUCGCCAUUCCAGGUGUUUGUGGAUACAUUUAAGAAUGAAUGGAGCAAGAGCAAGGAGCUGCAGAACGAUAUCAAGGCCCUUCAGGACGAGACCGGCCGUAUGUCAGAGAGUGGAGCAUAUAAGAAAGCCAAAGAGGCUCUUGACAAAGCCAAGAGUGGUACUUCAGCAGCUUCUUCUGUCACAGGAAGGUCAUUGAAGAAAGCCGGUCAGGUUGUAGGGUCAGCAGCAGCUACUGCUUGGGACUCGCCCAUUGUCAAAACCACUCGUACUGCCGUGAACAAGACCGCCGAAUCGGUGGAUAAAGCCACUGAACCCAUUCGUAAGACUAAGAUGUAUAAAAACCUGAAAGACGUGAUUGACGACGGAUCCAGUAUGAGAUAUGGUGGAUUCGAAGAGAAGGAGGCUCGUCGACUAAGACGAGAGUUGGAAGAGAAGAAACGAUUAGAAGAAGAACUCCGAACCGGUGUUAAAAGAUAUGUCAAGGCUAAUCCAGAAGCUGGUGACAGUGUUGUUGUUCAUGAAACAGCCAAGCCCGAUGGCAAGUCUUGGAAAGACGAUUUCGAGAAGACUUCUGUUGGUAAAAAGGCUGCCGACUUGAAAAUGAUGUACGAAGAGUCUGAAAACGGGUUUGUGUCUACCAUUAGAUCCAUUGGUGAUACUAUUGGCUCUUUCUUCGCUGAGACUGAGAGUGGUAAAGUUGUUCGUCUGUUCAAGCAAAUGGACCCUUCAUUCAGCCAAGACGAGUUCCUGAAGGACGUUCGUCAGUACAUUCUUCCCGAGGUGCUCGAUGCCUAUGUCAAGGGUGAUAAAGAGACCCUUGGAAUCUGGCUCUCUGAAGCACCUCUCAAUAUCUGGGCUGCUUCAGCCAAGCAAUACCAAGAACAAGGUCUGUACUCUGCCGGCCGAGUUCUCGAUAUCCGAGGAGUUGACAUUCUCAGCGCCAAACUCCUUCAACCGGCCGACAUUCCUGUGUAUGUCAUUGGCUGUAGAGCCCAAGAAGUCCAUCUCUACAAAAACAUUAAGACCGACGAGAUCGCUGCCGGUGUCGAAGACGCCAUCCAGCUCACCACGUACGCCAUGGUCAUGACCCGUAUCCCCGAAGACAUGGACAACCCCGAGACCAAGGGCUGGAAGCUCCUUGAGCUCGUGCGUGGCCAGUCGCGCCAAUGGACUUAA